AUGCAACCCGAUAAUUUUUCACUUCCUUUAGGUGAUAAUACAAAUGAGAAAGAUGCAUCUCCCAUACUAUUAAAUGUACCAAAAGAUUUGGAGUCUAAUCCGACUACAGAAUCUCCAAUAUCUACUUCAUUUACUAUUCAACAUAUAGGUGAAUCUCCAUCUAUUGUACUAGAUCACUCACUGGAUGAUUUCAAUACAUUAUUACAAUUAGCUUUUAUUCUUUAUAUUGUUCUUCGUUGUAAAAAUAACUUAUUUGGAAAAUCAAGCACUGAUAAAAACAAAAAAAAAGGACAAAUUUCAAGUAAUCAGGAAGCGGAGAAAGAUCAACAAAAUAUAAAUGGGGAGAAUGAUCUAGAAGAGUUAAAGGAAAUAAACGAUGAUAUUAAAAAUUUAGAAAAUCUAAUUAAAGGGGUUUGCGAAAUGAAUGAUGAUGAAGAUGAAAAUGUUUGGAUGAUAGAAUUAAAAAAUUUAGAUAAAAUACUGCAACCAAUUUCUUCUAAUUAUUUGAAUACACCAAAGAAAUCAGAGGACCCAUGUAAAGAAAUAUUAAAUGAAUUUUCUGGGCAUGAUAACGAAGAAUCAAAUAGCCAUGAAGUGGAAAGAGCACAAACAAAAGAAAUAGAACUACAAUCAGGAGAAAAUAGCAAUAAAAAACAAAGAAAUGUUAAUGAAUCAGAAAGAAUAGAAGUACUAGAAACGGAUCAGAAAACUCCAAAAAAUCAGAAUGAAGUACAAAAUUUACAGGAAUCAAAUAAUUUUAUAGACAACUCGGAGGAUAGUAAUAUUAUAAUGACAUGGGGAACGAAUAAUCAAAAGCUCAGGAGAUCCAUAUGGAAAAAUGAAAAAGAAACAGAAAAAAUGAAGAUAAAAGAAGAUAAAAGAAUAAAAAAAGAGGAAUCGCAAGUAGAUAAUAUGGUUAAGAAGGGAGGAGAACUGAUAUUAGAAUCUAAUUUAGAUAAAGAAAAGAUAAACAAAAAAAUUAUAGAACAAGAGUGUAAAGAUCAAAUAAAGGUAGAUAGAAAAAAAAGAAAAAAAAUUAGGCAGUUGUGGGGACUUUUAAAUAAAGACUUGAGAAGAGAAGAAGAACAAAAGAUAAAGGCAUUUAAUCAACAAAUGAAGAUUAAGAAGGAAAGAGAAAAACUAGAAAGAAAGAAGAGUAAACAUAGAGAUAAAGAAAUGAUGAAAAGGGAAAAAAUAAUGAAAAAGGAACAAGAAGCAAUUGAAAAAGCUAAAUUAGAGGAAAAAAAAAUGAAACGAAAAUGGGAAGAAAGGAGAGAGAAAGAAAGAUUGAAAAGAGAAAAGGAAGAGAGAAAAAGAGCUGAGAGAGAAUUAAAGAAGAUAUUAAAGAAAGAGUGGAAGGAAAGACAAAAAUUAGAGAACAAGCUGCUUAAGAUAGAAAGGAAAGAAAAAAAAAAGAAAAUGGAAUUAGAGAGAAAGAUUAUAGAAAAAAGGAUAAAAGAUAAUUUAGAAGAACAAAUACUUGACAUGAAAGAUAAGGAGACAAAAGACGAUAUUAUUUUAAAAAAAGAAAAAAUGAGAAGAAAGGUGGAAGAUAAGAAAGAAAGAAACAGAAUUAAUAUUGAUAAAAUUGUUAGAAAGAAAAAGAAGAAAAUAGAUAUGAAAAGAAUUAAAAAUUUAUUUAAAAAGAGGUUAAAUCUACAAAAAAAAUCAGAAAAGAAGGAAAAAAAGUAUCUAAAAAAGAAAUUUUCAAUGGAAAAAAAACACGAAGAAGAUAUGGAAAAACAAAAAAGGAAGCAAAUAGCUAUGCAAAAUAAGCAACAAAAAAGAAAAAAUAAAGCAUUGACGAAUAUGAAUAAUUAA